AUGUCGGCAGCGCUGCUGGCGGCGCUGCUAGCGGCGCUGCUGACGGCAGCGGGCGCGCUGUCAGCGCCGUGCCCUGCUGCCGGGCCGCGCUGCUCGUGUGCCGAGUCGGGCGCUCGCCUCGCCUGCCGCUCGGCGCACCUGCAGCAGUUUCCACCGCUACACGAGCGACUACAGAUCGUGGACGUGUCGCACAAUAACAUCAGCGCGCUGCCGCCCGACGCUCUGUUGUCGGCCACCGCGUUGCGCGAUCUGAACCUGUCCGCAAACCGCUUGCGGUCGGUGCCGCCGGGUGCUCUAAGCAGCGCGGCUCUCGCGCGGCUUUGGCUCGAUGGCUGCGCGCUGGCGCGACUUCCGUCGCUGCGGUUGCCGCGCCUACACUAUCUGUCGGCGGAGCACAACUCACUGGAGACACUGGAAGCGGGCUCGCUGGCGGAGGUGCGUGCUCUACGCGUGUUGCGGCUGGCACACAAUUUCCUGCAAGCUGUGCCAUCCGCACUCAGCCACACGACGCGUUUGCAGGCGCUCAACCUCGCCCACAACCAGCUCACCGAGCUCACUGCCACGUCGCUGCCCUCGCUUCCCGCGCUGCACACGCUCAUCCUGAAGCGGAACCGCAUCACGCAUAUCGAGGAGCGCGCCUUUCUGCAGACCCCCGCGCUGCGAGUGCUACGGCUUGAAGAUAACCUGCUCAGUGAGUUGCCGCCCGCCAUCUAUCUGUUGCCGAUGCUCGAGGACUUGUCUCUGGCGAACAACCGCGUAGAGCGCGUAUCGCCAGGGCUGCAGGCGUGCUCUCGGCUUACGCGCCUGGAACUGCGCGCCAACCCUCUCUCGCAGCUGCACCCGACCGCACUCACUCAUCUGCCUCGGCUGACUACGCUUGUGGUGUCAGAGUGCCGCGCGCUAGGCGGCGUGCCCGCUCUCAACGGCUCUCUGCGCCUGCGCACGCUGCGAAUGGACCGCGCACGCCUCACCAACACACCACCUGACCUAUGCGCGCAGGCACCGCAGCUUCGUGCGCUAGACCUGCGCUCCAACCAGCUGCGAAGUGUCCCCGCACUGCACAACUGCUCCGAGCUGCGUGUGCUCGAGCUCUCGGACAACCAAAUCGAGUCGCUGUCGGACGGUGCCCUGACUGGACUGCGACGCCUACACGACCUGCUGGCAGCGCGCAACCGCCUGCGCCGCCUGGCUGCUGACACCUUCCGCCACACUCCCGCGCUGCAGCUGCUAGAUCUCGAGGACAACCAAAUAGAGCACAUCGACAUGGAAACAUUUGUUCCCAUUUCUAAAUUAGAAGAUUUGAACGUGGGCAAUAACCGCUUCCCAGUGCUGCCGGCCAGCGGGCUUCAGAGGCUACUGCAUCUCAAGGCUCACAACAACCCGGCCUUGCGCCGCUUCCACCCGCCCGAGCUGUUCCCGCGGAUACAGACGUUAGUGUUGUCGUAUGCGUACCACUGCUGCGAGUUCCUGCCGCUCAUGGAAGGUGCGGAGGGUGCGGGCACAGGUGUUGAGGGUGACGGUGAGGGAGAGGAGGGUGAAAAGGAGCAGUUCAGCGACCUGGUGCUACUGCCGCCCGCGCAUGUCGACCUCGCCGCCUGGGCCAACGCCACAGACAUCUGGCCCCACUACUUGAACGCGACGGGCGCAGGCGCAUGGGGAGGCGCGUGGGGAGGCGCAGGCGCCGAGCUGCGUGCGUCGGCGGUCGCCCGGCGCGUGCGCUGCCUUCCGCUGCCGGGCCCCUUCCUGCCGUGCGUGGACCUUUUCGACUGGUGGACGCUGCGCUGUGGCGUGUGGGCCGUGUUCCUGCUGGCGCUGCUGGGCAACGGCACCGUAGUGUUCGUGCUGCUGUUCAGCCGCAGCCGCAUAGACGUGCCGCGCUUCCUGGUCACCAACCUGGCAGCCGCCGACUUCUGCAUGGGCGCCUACCUCGGCUUCCUGGCUGUUGUGGACGCGGGUACGCUGGGUGAAUUCCGCGCACACGCUGUAGCGUGGCAAAUGUCGGGUGGCUGCCGCCUUGCCGGCUUCCUGGGAGUGCUGUCGUCGGAGCUGAGCGUGUACACGCUGGCCGUUAUCACGCUGGAGCGCAACUACGCUAUUACGCACGCCAUGCACCUCAACAAGCGCCUGUCGCUGCGCCACGCGGCUGCCGUCAUGGCGGCGGGCUGGGCCUUCUCGCUGGCGGCGGCCACGCUGCCGCUACUAGGCGUGUCGGACUACCGCAAGUUCGCCGUGUGCCUGCCCUUCGAGACGGGCUCGCCCGCCUCGCUGGGCUACGUGGCCUCGCUGCUGGCCGUCAACGGGCUGGCCUUUCUCGUGCUGCUGGGCUGCUACCUCAAGAUGUACUGCGCCAUCCGCGGCUCGCAGGCCUGGAACAGCAACGACUCGCGCAUCGCCAAGCGCAUGGCACUGCUCGUGUUCACCGACUUCCUGUGCUGGUCACCCAUCGCCUUCUUCGCGCUCACUGCCGCCUUCGGCGCGCGUCUUGUGUCCCUGGAGCAGGCCAAGGUGUUCACGGUGUUUGUGCUGCCGCUCAACUCAUGCUGCAACCCCUUCCUGUACGCCAUCCUCACCAAGCAGUUCAAGAAGGAUUGCGCGCUGGUCUGCAAGGCCAUCGAGGAGUCGCGCGUGACGCGCGGCAUUGGGCGCUGCCGCCACUCGUCUAACUUCAGCAACCGCCAGACGCCUGCCAACACCAACAGCCUAGCCGAGCGCUCGUCGCGCGGGCCGCACGGCACGGCGUGCGCGUGCCGCCGCCUACUGCCCGCGCCCGUACCCGCGCGCCGCGAGCGCCUGCUGCGCUGGUUGCGCGCUUGCGGUCGCCGCGCUGCCGCACCCGCGCCGCCCGCUCCUCCCGCGCCGCGCACGGCACCCAAGCGACAGGGCUCCGUGUCGUCGUCCGUGGAGUUCUCUUCGUCGCGCUCCGAUUCGUGGCGCACGUAUGGGCGCGCGCCGCCACCUCCGCGUCGUGCCGCGUCGUGGUUGGUGGCGCGCAAGACGUCGCAGGACUCCAACCUGUCGUCGUCGCGCAACGACUCGUCGGGCUCCAACGCCACGGCAUCCACGGGCACGUGGCGCACGUCGCGCUCAGGCGGCAGCGCGGCGGCAGGCGCACGGCCGCGGCUCACACGCCAGCCCGCUGUGGUGGCGGACGAGCCACCCGCGUCGCCCGCGCCGCCGCUGGCCGCGCCGCGCCUUCUGCACACUAUCCCGUCAGCCGCGGAGACAGAGGCGCCGGCCGAGGAGGAGCCGCGCUAACGCUGCGCGCCCGCCCUAUGUCCCGUCCACUAG